AUGUUGGGCCUCUGUUUCACUCUUGCUGAAAGCUGCAAGAGUUCAGAAAGUCAUCUCCGCUGUCGGUUUGCUGCCCGCUCAAACCCUUCUGUGGCAGCGAAUAUGCGUUGCAAGGACAGUUAUCCAGAAGACUUCCAAACUGCAAUCAAGAGAUCACCGUUGAAAGAAGGAGAAUUACAAGAACUCUGUGCAAAAUCUAGCUACCCGCCUGUCUUCGUCUAUGGCCACUUGAUGCUCCCAACAGCCCUCAAGUACAUCGUUGACAUUCCUCAGACCACCACAGUGGACAUGGUCUACGCAACGCUCCCGGGAUACACGCUUCACCAUUUCGCAGAGAACGGCAAGCCUGGAUUACCAACAAUUAAGCCAUCAUCGUCUUCGUCAGACGUGGUCGAGGGAAUGCUCGUUUUCGGGCUGACAAGGGAACAACGCAGUGACGUCCAAGAGGUUGAAUGCGUACGGCCUGGGCAUAGCAUAUUCAUAGACACCCAGGUCCAGGUCUCUCUGAUUGACAAAAUCCACGGCUACGAGGUUAAAAGCCAAAAAUCCGUAGAUGCGGGAACUUUCGUUUGGAGCUGGACUUCUGAGAAUACGGAACUGCAACCUAUGGAAACAUCUUUCUGGCCCAUAGACGAUUUUCUAUCUGGUCAGCUCUACGCGAACAUGGUUAGAGAACAAAACAAAGUGCCUUUCAGCUAUAACUAG